CACGUGUCCAUACCCGGAAGUUAAUCGCGCACGCGGCUGCUGUGACCACAACACGAAAUAUUGACACCCAAGUGACUUUACUGAUCAUUGAUACAUACGUAUAUUGGUUUGACGUCAUAUGGCGUUGUUGGUCGACUCUGUACCUGGACAGUUUGAUGACGUAGAGGACGAGGACAGCCAAUCCAAAGCCUUUGAUAUCCCGCGAGAUGUCAAGCAAGUUGGCGUUCAGCAAGACAGCGACGAUGACGACGACAAUGAUGAUGAGGAUGAUGAAGUUGAUGAUGAUGAUGAUGCAUGGGCUUGGUCUGCGGCGGGAGGCGAUCUGACCAAACGAUACAACCGGAGUGUGGUCGGUCAGGCGAACAAACAGAAUUCGGCCAAUUACGUGCCUACCACAGACAGGUCGCUGAGAAGGUUUGAGCACAAGAUCAACUUGGAUAAACUCAAUUUCGCUGACUCCGUGAUCAACAAAGUGACAACGAUGCAGAAGCAGAAGGACGCAGACACGUACCGCGUGAAGGACAAAUCGGACCGGGCCACCGUGGAACAGGUUUUAGAUCCUAGAACGCGAAUGAUUCUCUUCAAGAUGUUGACUCGAGGGAUAAUCUCAGAAAUCAACGGCUGCAUCAGUACAGGGAAAGAAGCUAACGUCUACCACGCCGGCACAGCCGGCGGAGACAGCCGAGCCAUCAAAAUCUACAAGACGUCCAUCCUGCACUUCAAGGACCGGGACAAAUACGUCAGCGGCGAGUUUAGGUUCCGUCACGGUUACUGCAAGGGGAACCCCAGGAAGAUGGUGCGAACUUGGGCCGAGAAGGAGAUGAGGAACCUGAUCAGGUUGCAGACGGCCGGGAUCCCCAGUCCGGAACCGCUGCUGCUGCGGAGCCACGUGCUGCUCAUGAGCUUCAUCGGCAAAGACGACAGGCCCGCCCCGUUGCUGAAGAACGCUGUCUUCUCCGAGUCAAAGGCCCGCGAGCUCUACCUGCAGGUGGUCCACAACAUGCGGCAAAUGUUCCAAGAGGCCAGACUGGUUCAUGCCGACCUCAGCGAGUUCAACAUGUUAUAUCAGCAUGGCCAGGUUUACAUCAUCGACGUGUCGCAGUCAGUGGAACACGACCACCCGCACGCGCUCGACUUCCUCCGGAAAGACUGCAGCAAUGUCAAUGAGUUUUUCGGGAAGCGCGGCGUGGCAGUGAUGACCGUCCGAGAGCUUUUUGACUUCAUCACUGACCUGUCAAUCACCUGUCACAACAUGGACCAGUACUUAGAGAAGAUGAUGGUCGUCGCGGCCGAGCGGACAUCGGCGCAGCGCUCGGAUCAGGACCGUGUAGACGAGGAGGUGUUCAAGAAGGCUUACAUCCCACGAACGCUCACUGAGGUCAGCCACUACGAGCGAGACUUCGACCUGAUCAGGACGAGGGAGGAGGAGACAGCCGCCAGCCAGCAACACGACAACGUUCUUUAUCGGACGCUGACGGGACUGAAGAAGGAUCUUUCGGGUGUUCAGAUGGUUCCGGCUCUGCUGGAGGACGACGGGUCUUCGUCUUUGUCGGAGGAGGAAGAGGAAGAGGAUGAAGACGAUAAAGAUGACGAAGCCACUCACCCUCUACCUGGAGACAAUGCAGACCCCUUGGACAAAAAGGAGAAGAAGAAGCUGGUGAAGGAAGCUCAGAGAGAAAAGAGGAAGUCCAAAGUUCCAAAACACGUAAAGAAGAGGAAGGAGAAAGUGGCCAAGACCAAGAAGGGACGAUGAACGUAGACGCGGGCCCUCGGAGGCUGCGGCCAAUUGCAGCCUCCGUCCGUUCUUUGCGCCUUCAAAAAGUCCUUCAUUAAAUGAAGCUUGGUGAAAUGUC